AUGGGCGUAUAUCCUAUCCAACUUGAUCACUAUCGUGCGCCCGAAAUCAUUCUUGGUUGUGCCUGGAACAUGAGCAUUGAUAUCUGGAAUCUGGGCAUUCUUGUGCGUCUAGCGAGACACGUUCCUCUCAGAUUGAUGAUAUCGCUAACAUCAUGUCAGCUUUGGAAUAUCAUCCAAGGAAAGGAAAUGUUUUCCCAGAUCCACGGUCCACAGGGUCACUAUCAAGCAAAGGCGCAUCUUGCAGAUAUGAUCUCUCUACUCGGUCACCUUCCCCUUGAGUUAAUCGCAAGAUCUCAGUCGAUGUCGGGGUAUAAAUGGCCCGAACUUGUGAUAAGUGCAGAUGGUGUGACCUGUGAGAAUGCAGAGCAAUACUUCGACGACCAAUUUUUCGAUCAUAAUGGAUAUAAUUCUCGAUCGAAAUCUCGCGGAAACGAUGUCCUUGCUCGAAGAACAGGAAAAUCAGAACUUCUUCUCCUUUGCGAGGAUGAUGCUGGUGGAGCACCCAGUUUUUUGACGAACGAAGAAAACCAGCGGGUGAUAGAGAUCAGGUAA